UACUAAUCUAUAUAAAGUUUUCACAGACUUGUCUUCUAUUUUUUUUUUCUUUCUUUAUCUUCUGCUAAUCAAAAUAGACUUAUUUCUUUGAUCUUCGCUCCCUGCCGGGAAAUGGAAACAACUCUGGUCACUCCAAAUACCGUUGAAUGCUCGUAAUACUUGGUUUCGUAUAAUUCAUGAAAAAAGUGACAACCCGCCGUAAACUACACCGCUAACUCCUAGAUGUCUUUAUUCCUUUCUGUCCUCAUUGUCAUAAUGCCUCAUCCUCCACCACAUUAACAGUUGAGAACACCGAGCAUUCUCCCUUUUCGUAUCCGAUGAAAAUCAUUGUAUGGCGUCAGAUCCUCGUUCAAUACAUUUCCCCUCAUUACAUUCACUUUACUUACGAGGAAUACGUUUCCCUCCUCCACCUGCAAUCGCCUCCUGACCGUUCUUCUUAUCCCCUUUUUUUUGAAUUAUCUACUCUUCUAGUCUUUGCCUGCAUUCAACAAUCUGUUUGAGAUGCCUGUUACUGUCAAGUCUUCCAGCAUGUACCGUUUAACUCUGAACAUGUUUUAUAUAUUCACCGGAUCAUAUCUAAUUUAUCCUCCUAACUUUCUUUCGACACCACUAAUCAACCCUUAUGUAUCCCUCCAUAUACCGUCUUCUUUUCCUCUCCCUCUAUAAAAGGUGAUGUUUUUAGGACAUUAAAUAAAAACUGGAGUUUACUCCCCUAAAA